ACCAAUUCAACUUAACCGUUUGAUUUGGUCUUAGCAGUCCAACUCUAGUCUAUAUUAGCAACAACAGUCUGUACUGUAUUACCAGAAAUGUCUUUGUAUAGUAUUCUUCCUAAACCAAAGGCUGUUUUGCAAUCAAGUCGAUGGGAUGAUGACUCGGAUGAUGAAGCACAAUCUGCUGUGGAGAAUCGUAGUGAUGGAGUAGUGUCUACAGUCAAACAAGGCCCGCCUCCUUAUGGAUUCCGUGUUGGGUUUGCUCCAAAAACACUUCAGGAUUUCGGAGAUGGUGGUGCAUUCCCCGAGAUUCAUAUGGUUCAAUUUCCUCUUGAUAUGGGAAACAAACGAGGAGCAGGUGGUGGACAUGCACAUACACUUUCACUAGAAACAGAUGAGUCGGGAAAGAUUCGAUAUGAUUUGGUUUUACAUCAGGGACAAAAAAAGAAUGAUAAAAAGGUAAUUCAUUCAAGCCUUGCUGCAAUGAAGGAGCAGGAUGUCAUUGACGGUGAUGAAAAUCUGUUGCGACCCGAUGCGAGUAGCGUCAAAGAGGUUGCAGAUCGGACUCGUGCUGCUCUUGACAAACUUGUUGGGGUGCAUACCGCAUCAGCCAAGAGUGGUCAGAUUGUUAAAGCCAAAGAAGGUGCAACAUUUGUACGAUACACACCUGCAGAUCAAGCUGCUUCUGAGGCUGCAUCGGGUGCCAAAUCUCGUAUCAUCAAGAUGGUUGAAGCACCAAUAGAUCCUUUUGAACCUCCCAGAUUUAAGCCUAAAAAGGUGCCUCGUGGCCCACCCUCUCCACCACCACCAGUAAUGCAUUCUCCGCCCCGAAAAGUCACUGUUGAAGAACAGCGCAACUGGAUUAUUCCACCUUGUAUCAGUAAUUGGAAGAACGCCAAAGGUUAUACCAUUCCUUUGGAUAAGCGUCUUGCUAAUGACGGCCGAGGGCUUCAAGAAGUAACAAUUAAUGACAAUUUUGCCAAACUAUCCGAAGCACUAUUUAUUGCAGAUCGUCAUGCACGAGACGAAGUGCGGUUAAGAGCCGAGAUGCAAUCCAAAGUUGCAGCAAAGGAAAAGCGUGAAAAGGAAGAUAUGUUGCGAAUGCUGGCUCAAAAGGCACGUGAAGAGCGUGCCGGACUUGUUUCUGGUACGGGUGAGGCUCCUUCUGCAGAUCAUUUCAUCUCUAGCGUGCUUGAUGGUGGAAAUACUACUCAUGAACGAGAAGAGCAUAUUGAUCAGUUUGCCACUGAGGAUGAGGAGGAGUUGACUGAAGAGCAAAAGAAGAUGAUGAAGGAGCGUGACGAUCUGCGUCGUGACAAGGCCAAACAACGUGAGCGAGAGCUUCGUAUGACGCAUAUGGGAACCGAUACUAAAGUGCGUGUCAUGGCACAAGGAACCAAUCGUGAUAUUUCCGAAAAGAUUGCACUCGGACUUGCCAAGCCGACCAUGUCCAAGGACACCAUGUUUGACCAGCGUCUAUUUAAUCAGUCUGCGGGUAUUUCAUCAGGAUUUGGGGCAGAAGACUCGUACAACACGUAUGACAAGCCGCUCUUUCAAGGAUCAUCAGCCAAUGCAAUCUACCGACCCAAACGUAUCGAGACUGAAACCGUUGCGGGUGUGCAUACAGAUAAGAUUGAAAAGCUUCUUGGCGACAAUGCACCUCAUCGUGGGUUUCAAGGCACAGAGACUGAAAGGGGAGCAGCAGUCCGAGAUGGACCGGUUGCUUUUGAGAAGGAAGCCGACAUAUUUGGGUUUCAAGACUUUAUGUCGACUGCUAAGCGUGGUCGAUCUGGGGCCGAGAAUACCAGCAGCGACUCGAAACGAAACAAACAAUAAAAUGAGUUUUUGUAAUUG